UCAGCCCCACUAAUCGUGGAUUAGCUACAACCGACUGCAGUGUGUCGCUCCGGGAGGGAGGAGAGGAGAGAGGAGGUGGAGGCUGCCAUUCACUACUCACUCUGUCUUAUUAUUAGCUCACUUUAUUUUUCCUCCUCUGAGCAGCAGCGGAUUUGGCGUUGCGCACAAAAAGAUUGGGAUCUCAGGUAAAGGUGCAGGGACGCAGCCGAGGCAAGGGACUGGUUUUCGGGGUCAAUGGACGCGGCUGCUGCCGGUCAGGUUUAGAUAGAACUCGAUUGACGGGGCCCUUUAAUUUGAAAAGCCACUCCGGUGUGUGAGAGCACCGUGCGUCGAAAGCUCCGCGAUGUUCAAGACGGCCAAUUACCCGACCGUGGACCCCGCGCCCACCAUCAUGCACGGCACUUGGUUCGCCACGGGCUGCCGGGAGAGCGCACCCGUGGCGGUGGAGAAGCCCAAGAAGAAGCCGUUCAGCCUGGUGAAGAUCAUGUCGCUCAGCAGCAGCAGCGGCAGCGGCGGCAGCAGCGGAAAGAAGAGGCACGGCCACUACCCGCACCACAACAACAACAUGCCCUUCAACAUCCACUGUCACAUCGGGAAAGAGAUUAAGCACAUUUGCAGCAACUGCAGCCGCGGGAACGACACGCAGGACGCAGAGGAAGUAGAGAGGCUGGCCGCCAUGCGUUCUGAGUCCUUGCUCUCCGGCAGCCACACCCCGCCCAUCCGCCGUCGCAGCAAGUUUGCCACUCUGGGACGUCUCCUGAAGCCGUGGAAGUGGAGGAAGAAGAAGAGUGAGAAGUUCAAGCAGACCUCUGCAGCGCUGGAGAGGAAAAUGUCCAUGCGCCAGAGCCGAGACGAGCUGAUCAAGAGAGGAGUGCUGAAGGAGAUCUUUGAAAAAGCAACCGUUGAAUUCCGAUCCUCGAUGGACGGUGGCAUCUGCCCUCAGGAGUCCUCUGUUAAGACAUCUAUGGUCAUGCCGAACAAGAAAUCGGUCACCUACCCGAGUGACCUUCAGGACACCCCCCCCAAGCCACCGCUGUACCAUAAACAGCCUCCUGCUCUCCCUCCAAAGCCUUUCUCCAGGAUCCCCAACCAUAGCACAGAUUCUUGCCAGCCAAUGAAGUUGCUCUGCAUGCCCGGAGGAAAGCACUCUCCACCUCUGCCGCCCAAGAAAGUGAUGAUUUGCGUGCCUCCUGGGGGGCUGGACUCCUCGGCCUCCCCAUCCCCUUCGCCCAAUCCCCUCAGCGCUCUCCAAAAGUGUGCCCCUCCGCAGGGCAUGUCUCUCCACCACGGCUCCCUGCUGCCCUCGCAGCUCAUCGGUCUGUCCAGCCUCCACCAGAGCCACGGCCACCCGCUCCAGCUGCAGUACGGCAGCUUGCACGCCCCCAGCCGCAUCAUCGAGGAGCUCAAUAAAACCCUGGCGCUUUCCAUGCAGAGGUUUGAAAGCUCUGCGUUGCACGGCGGCGGUCAGUGUCUGCCCCUGGACAGAAGAGAAGUGCCGUCUGUGAUUAUCGACUACGAGGACGACAAGGAGAACAUGCCCAACGAGUCAGACUACGAAGAUCUGCCCAGCAUGUACAAGGACGAGGAUGACGAGGUGGAUGACGACGAGGACGACGACGAGGAUGACGACUCCAUAUUUACAAGUACCCUGGCUCAGAAGGUGCUGAGGAAAGACUCCCUGGCCAUCAAGCUGAGUAACCGUCCGUCCAAACGAGAGCUGGAGGAGAAAAACAUCCUGCCCAUGCAGACGGAUGAGGAGAGGCUGGAGUCUCGGCAGCAGAUUGGCACCAAACUCACAAGGCGCUUGAGUCAGAGGCCCACCGCAGAGGAGCUGGAGCAGAGGAACAUCCUCAAGCGUAAGUGCAGCAGGGGCUCCCCGAAGAGUCAUGUCCAGAGAGAUGGGGCUCGCAAUGAACAAGAGGAAAUGGAGGAGAAGAGGGAGAUAAAACGAAGGCUAACGCGAAAGCUGAGCCAGAGGCCCACUGUAGAGGAGCUGCGACAGGCCAAAAUUCUCAUCCGGUUCUGUGACUACGUGGAGGUGUCAGAUGCCCAGGACUACGACAGGAGGGCGGAUAAGCCCUGGACCCGGCUCACUGCAGCCGACAAGGCAGCUAUUCGCAAAGAACUCAACGAUUUCAAGAGCAAUGAGAUGGAAGUGCACGAGUCAAGUCGCCAUUUAACCAGGUUUCACCGACCAUAGUAGACCACCACUGUCUCGAGCAGUGCCAGAGUGGCGCUCUCCUCCACUGAGAACCUUAAGUGCUGGACAGUAAAAUGGUGCCCGUUUCUACAAUAAGGCCAUGUCUUCUGAAAUGCCUUUUCAAGACCCACACAACUGAGUCGGUACUACACCGCAGGAUGCAGACACCCCCUCCUCUAUCCACCGUAGUAGCACAUAAUGACUCCAGUUGUUCAACAUCGCCCCUCUGUGGACUUUGCUCGACUGUCUCUCCGAACCUCCUCGCUGAGCUCUGUGGCUGGCACUCAGUUCUGUGGCGGUUCAGACCGCCAGAGUUUUUUUUUUUUUGGCACUCUCGACCACACCUUCGCUUAAUCGAUGAAACCAGUGGACUUGUCUCAGUGGACGUGUUUUUAUCCCGCGCUAUUUAUUAUGCUGUCACUCUGAACUCCUCUCUUCCUCUAAAGGACGACUCUGUGCCAGGAGUUCACCACAUCAGCAGAAGAUCCAUCUUCACUGCACCUGCUGGGAGCUGCUUAGAAAGACACACAGGAGGGAGGGGAGGGGUCCAACAUUAAAAUCAUGUGCAAUAUGUUUUUGGUUUUUUUCCCCUUCUGCUUUUCCUAGACUAUAGCACCUCCUGGAGUCCCCUCUGUGUCAUUACCACAUAGUCCUGACUUCACUCAUAACGUGCUGUUCUCACUGUACCGACAACGUUGUCAUCUAAUUGCUAACUGUGAAUUUGGGAGUCCGGGCGACGCCUGCACUCUCUCCUAAUGUACAUUUUGUUUAUAGUUAAGUGGAAAGAUGAAGAUUAAGCAAGUUUCAUUCAAGUCAGAAUAUAUGAAUUGAAUUAAUGUAAAAAUUGCAGCUGGGAGACAUAUUCUGGUUCCAGUGUGUGUGGAACAUUCGUUUUAUAUUUUGUCAAUUUUUAAUUGUUUUUUUUUUAAUAGAGGCAAUUCAUUUACAUGUUUUACAUGUUCCAGCUCUUUGGAUAGAUACUUUUUUAAUAUCAGAAUACCAAGAGAAAAGCUCACCGCAUUAUUAUCUUUCUUUGUUCGCUGCAGUGUGUUUUAAUGAUCUUUGCUCAUAAUGUGCAUUGUAUUAUACACUUUACUUUUAUACUCAUGUUGUGCAAGUUUUUGACCAAGCAAUAUCUGCUGUUUGUAGAGUAAAGGUUAAACUGCAGGUGUCCUCCCACCAUUUUUUUACUGUGCUUAAAUGUCUCACUUCAGGGUUUUCAUUUUUCUUUUAUACUUUAGGAAAGCUUUAUUCAGGAGGAUGUUUUUCAGAUUUUUUUCUUGAUGAAUCCACUUAAAAAAAAAACUGCCUCUGCGACAGCGCAUUUAAUUCUCAAAUCUGUCCCAGGACACGAUGCAUUCUCUUGUCAAAAACACAGAUUCUAGUGGAUUCAAUGAGUCAGGAUUUUUAAAUUUCUAAUGCUAAAAGUUCUUUGCACUUUUAAGAGUUCGGCUUUACAACGGUCACCGUUUCAAGUUCAGGGCCCCUGUGUGUAAAAUAUUGUUGAAUUUCCAGUUUGUCUCUUCACUUUACAAAGUCUUGUUACCUGAUCAUGUACCAGUACUUCAAUGCUCAUGAGCUUUACCUACACAGAAUACUUUUUAUUGUUUUUUUACUGUUUUCCUUUAAAGUUGCAAUAUUGAAGUGCUUGUUUAUCAUGAGAACAGUGGGAGAGGUGAGAGACUGUUGGCUUCCUACUUUGAUGCAUCUGUCUGCAAAGGAAACUUUUAAUUUCAAGGUCUCAGCCAGUGAUGGAUAAAUGACCCAAUGUGAGAACUGAGAAAAUCGUUUUGCACUUUAUGGUUUGUAUGUGAAGUCGUGUGCGUUUAGUUCUCUUAUGAAUCAGUGCACCGGUCAGUCUCAUGUCAUGUUACCACUUUUUUUUAAUCUAAAUUUAUUUGGGUCAUCAAAUCUCAGAGAUUUUGAAUCAUAAUUUUGUUUUUGUUAUUGUUUUACACGCUUCUGUUUGAUUCCAGCAUCAUCAUGUCAUUAUUUAAAGUUUUUAUCCAUAGGUUUAGUACAGUAGGAAUGAAUUUAUACAAAACACACUCCAGUUCUCACAUCCAGCUCCAAGAGACGGCCCGAGCCGCUGGGCUGAGCAUGACGUUUUCCAUUUUGCUGGAAUCAAGGAACAUGAAUUCAGCAAUAAUCUUGUUUCCUUUUGUAUGUCGAUGGAGCAAACUGAUGCAUUUGAAAGUUUUUUUUUUUCAUUUUUGAAAUACAGAACACCAUGUAAAGGAUACAUCAUGCCAAUUAAAUUCCAUCUCUGAA